ACGGGACACUCCGCCGCGCCAGCGACGCCGCGAUGGCCACCAGGCCGGGCUGUCUCCUCAGCGCCUGAUCAGGAACGCGACGAGGCCUCCUCGAGGCAGAGCCUCGGGCCGAGCGGCGGGAUCUCGGGCGUCGUUUCUUCACGGCGGCGCCAGGCUCGCGGCCCGGGCGGCCUUCGUCGUCUGACCCCGUCCCCCCUCCUCCCAAAAGCGGAGGGCGGGUCCGGCGGCGCGCGGGCAGCCCCGGCGCGAGGCCCCGCGGCUCCGGUGGGGGACGUCGCUGCGGGCGGCUGUGCUGCUGGCGUCCAAGAUGUCGACCAAGAAUUUCCGAGUCAGUGACGGGGACUGGAUCUGCCCGGACAAGAAGUGUGGAAAUGUGAACUUCGCUAGGAGAACAAGCUGUAACAGAUGUGGCCGAGAGAAAACAACGGAGGCCAAGAUGAUGAAAGCUGGGGGCACAGAAAUAGGAAAGACACUGGCAGAGAAGAGCCGGGGCUUGUUUAGUGCAAAUGACUGGCAAUGCAAAACUUGCAGCAAUGUGAACUGGGCCAGAAGAUCAGAGUGUAACAUGUGUAAUACUCCAAAGUAUGCUAAGCUAGAAGAAAGAACAGGAUAUGGAGGUGGUUUUAAUGAAAGAGAAAAUGUUGAAUAUAUAGAAAGAGAAGAAUCUGAUGGAGAAUAUGAUGAGUUUGGACGUAAAAAGAAAAAAUACAGGGGGAAGGCAGUUGGUCCUGCAUCUAUAUUAAAGGAAGUCGAAGAUAAAGAAUCAGAGGGAGAAGAAGAGGAUGAGGAUGAAGAUCUGUCUAAGUAUAAGCUGGAUGAGGAUGAGGAUGAAGAUGAUGCUGAUCUCUCAAAAUACAAUCUUGAUGCCAGUGAAGAAGAAGAGAGUAACAACAAGAAAGCCAGUAGGCGGAGUUGCUCCAAGUCCCGAUCAUCUCACUCGAGAUCCUCAUCGCGCUCAUCCUCCCCCUCAAGUUCAAGGUCCAGGUCCAGGUCCCGUUCCAGAAGCUCUUCCGGCUCGCAGUCCAGGUCUCACUCCGGCUCCAGAGAACAUUCCAGAUCCCGUGGUUCGAAAUCAAGAUCCAGCUCCAGGUCCCACAGGGGCUCUUCCUCCCCAAGAAAAAGAUCUUACUCGAGUUCUUCGUCAUCUCCUGAGAGAGACAGGAAGAGGAGUCGAUCUAGACCUUCUUCACCCGCCGUUCGCAAAAAAAGACGAACGAGAUCACGGUCACCCGAAAGGCACCACAGGUCGUCUUCUGGAUCAACCCAUUCUGGUUCCCGUUCAAGUUCAAAAAAGAAAUAAUGUAUUAAAAUUUACAUCUUUAAAAAACAAUGAAUACAGUGCAUGAAGCAUAUUUUUUAGGAAGUUGAUGUCUCAUUUGGUCGGAAGUGCUACUACAUUUGCUAGUAGAGGUGCAUGCCUUUAUUGCUUUUCAAAACAGUACAACUGUGUUUAUUUGUGAAAUUGAAGUAAAUUGCAUUUUAAGCCAUACUGUUCCCCAGA